AUGUGUUCAGCAAAAUUCAGAGAUUGUGCUCAUAUGUAUACCGAAUAUGACUUCAUCAGCGCAUACAUUGAUUUUGGGAGGAGGUUUCCUAAAGCCGCAGAUUAUCUAGAUGGAAGUGUUCCUGUGGAAAAAUGGGCUAGGUGCUAUUUCAAAGGAGGCAAGUACAACUUGGACACUAGCAAUGCUUGUGAAUCGAUGAACAGUGUUUUCAAGAGGGCAAGGAAGUACUCUUUACUGCCUUUGAUUGAUGCAUAUGUUAAAAAAUUGUCUGAAUGGUUCAACAAGCAUAUUGCAACACACCUACUUGUUACCGAGCUGAACGGUACUGAACUUGAAUACAACAUCACUGGAGUUGAUGGGAAGAGAUAUCAGGUGGAUUUGUUAAGGAAAAGUUGUAGUUGCAGAUGUUUUGAUAUUGACAAGAUACCUUGUGUGCAUGCAAUAGCCGCGAGCAUGGCUCUCAUGCAUCAGGAAGGGAGAAUAGUGGAUAUACAAAUUUAUGACCUGUGCUCGAAAUACUACUUGAUUCAGACUUGGUCAUUGGCUUAUUGCAGAACCAUAUAUCUGGUGCCACAUGAGUCUACUUGGAAUGUUCCUAAGGACAUAAGACAAUCAGUUGUGCACCCGCUAGACUACACUAAAAACGUGGAAGAAAACAAGACAAGUGAUAUCCCUCCACCGGAGAACCUCGCCUGA